CAAGGGUUCAUGGGUAGCGUAUUUACAAAGAAGCCUCUCCGCCAGCCCGUGCCACCGCUGCUAAUGAGAGCGGUCAUUAAGUAAAUGAGACGUCGCCUUUAGCUGGCUUAGGAGUUCGCACACUAAAGGGAGAAGAUAUUUAAUUGAAACCCCGCACACAGGCUUCCCCACAUGUGACCGCUGGAAGGGAGGCAGCUGCCUUGCCUCUCCUCCCCCGUCCACCCGCACCCCCCAUGUAAAUUUCAUGAUUGCUUUCCGUGAUGUCAUUUUGAAAGAGGACAGACAAUAGCUGUGGGAAAGAAAAUGAGUUCCGGGGUGAGCUGCUGAGCCAGAGGUGGACACACGGAGACAAGGCCACCAGCUGCAGGACCUCGAGGCUCUUGCUGGGCGGACACGGCAAGAUGAGCUUAGAAAAUGAUGAAAAGAGAGCGCGAACGAGAUCCAAGGCCCUUCGAGCUCCCCCGGAGUCCGCAGGUGCCGACCUCAGCUGCCCCACCCCAGGAUGCACGGGCUCGGGACACAUCCGGGGCAAGUACUCCAGGCACCGGAGUUUGCAAAGCUGCCCCCUGGCCAAGAAGAGGAAGCUGGAGGACGCAGAGGCCGAGCACCUGGUGUCCAAGCGGAAGGCACACCCGCUGAAGCUGGCUCUGGAUGCGGGCUACGGCGUGGACAGCGACGGCAGUGAGGACGCCGAGGUGAAGGACGCCUCUGUUUCGGAUGAAUCGGAAGGAACUGCGGAGGAGGAUGAGGCCGAGAUGUCAGGACAGGAGGAGAUUCAUCGCCCAGAGCCAGCUGAAGGAAGGAGCCCUGUCAAGGCUCAUUUCGGACCCAACCCCGUCAGCAGCCCCAUGGGCUCCUCCAAGGGCUACAGCAGCUACCAGGAAAUCAUCGCCACGUCUCUCCUCAACUUGGGCCAAGUCGCUGACGAGACCCUGGUCGGGGACGACUCAGGCCAGGUGGCCAAGCCGGGCCCGGCCCUCGUGCGGCUGGCUCAGGAGGAGGCCGAGGAAGGGGCCACCAGCGACGAGGGCGACAAGGACGCCUUUACCCAGCCGGAGGACGCCGAGGAAGUGAUUGAAAUCACCAGCGAGCGCUCCCAGGAGCUGUGUCCCCAGUCCCUGGAGGGCGCGGCCGGCCGGGAGCCCAGCAAGCCGAACGUGGGCCUGGGUCACGAGGAGGAGGAGGACGAGGAGGACGAGGAGGAGGACGAGGAGGACGAGGAGGAGGACGAGGCCGAGGCCCCUCCUGACGUCAUCUGCCAGGAGGCCCCCCACGCCGCCCCCACCACGGCCCCUGAGCCCCGGCGCCCGGCGCCGCCCAGCCCCAAGCCCGCCUUCCCCGUCGUGCUGGAGGCGCCCUCCGACGACGGCAAGGACGAGGACUCUCGCUCGCAGAAGUCCGCCGUCACGGACGACUCGGAGAUGUACGACGUGCUGACCCGUGGGAACCUGGGCCUCCUGGAGCAGGCCAUCGCCCUGAAGGCCGAGCAGGUGCGGGCCGUCUGCGAGCCGGGCGGCGCCCCCGCCGAGCAAGGCCCGCCGGGCCCGGGCGAGCCGGGCAAGGCGGCGAGGCCCCUGGACGCUGCGCGGAAGAGCUACUGCAGCAAAGAUCCCUCAAGAGCGGAGAAACGCGAGAUCAAGUGUCCGACGCCAGGCUGUGACGGCACCGGCCACGUUACCGGGCUGUACCCGCACCACCGCAGCCUGUCUGGCUGCCCCCACAAGGACAGGAUCCCCCCAGAGAUCUUGGCCAUGCAUGAGAAUGUGCUCAAGUGCCCCACGCCUGGCUGUACAGGCCAAGGCCACGUGAACAGCAACCGUAACACCCACAGAAGUCUGUCUGGGUGUCCCAUUGCCGCUGCUGAAAAACUAGCCAAAUCUCACGAGAAGCAACAGCCACCGACGGGAGAGCCUUCCAAGAACAGCUCCAAUUCAGACCGGAUCCUCAGGCCCAUGUGCUUCGUGAAGCAGCUUGAGGUCCCUCCGUACGGAAGCUACCGGCCCAGUGUGGCCCCUGCCACACCCAGGGCCAACCUGGCCAAGGAGCUGGAGAAGUUCUCCAAGGUCACUUUUGACUACGCAAGUUUUGAUGCUCAGGUUUUUGGCAAGCGUAUGCUUGCCCCAAAGAUUCAGACCAGCGAAACCUCACCGAAAGCCUUUAAAUGCUUCGACUACGCCCACGACGCGGAGGCUGCCCACAUGGCCGCCACCGCCAUCCUGAACCUCUCCACACGCUGCUGGGAGAUGCCUGAGAACCUCAGCACGAAGCCACAGGAUCUGCCCAGCAAGGCCAUGGACAUUGAGGUGGAUGAGAAUGGGACCCUGGACCUGAGCAUGCACAAGCACCGAAAGCGGGAGAAUGCUGUCCCUGGUGGGGGCAGUGGUGGCGGCGGUGGCAGCAGCAGCAGUAGCCCCGGUGUGAAGUCACCGGACGCCUCCCAGCGCCAGAGCAGCACCAGCGCCCCCAGCAGCUCCAUGACCUCGCCCCAGUCCAGCCAGGCCUCCCGCCAGGAUGAGUGGGACCGGCCUCUGGACUACACCAAGCCCAGCCGCCAGCGAGAGGAGGAGCCCGAGGAGUCAGAGCCAGCAGCCCAUUCUUUUGCUUCUUCUGAAGCAGAUGACCAGGAAGUGUCGGAGGAGAGUUUGGAGGAGCGGAAGUACCCCGGGGAGGUCACCCUGGCCAACUUUAAGCUGAAGUUUCUCUCCAAGGACAUAAAGAAGGAGCUGCUCACCUGUCCCACCCCCGGCUGUGACGGCAGCGGCCACAUCACCGGGAACUAUGCCUCCCACCGCAGCCUCUCUGGUUGCCCUCUUGCUGACAAGAGCCUCAGAAACCUCAUGGCUGCCCAUUCUGCUGACCUCAAGUGCCCCACGCCUGGCUGUGACGGCUCCGGCCACAUAACCGGGAACUAUGCGUCGCACCGGAGCUUGUCAGGCUGCCCUCGUGCCAAGAAAAGUGGAGCCAAGGCAACGCCUGCGAAGGAUGACAAGGAAGACCCUGAGCUGAUGAAGUGCCCCGUUCCAGGCUGCGUGGGGCUUGGUCACAUCAGCGGCAAGUAUGCCUCCCACAGAAGUGCAUCGGGCUGCCCCCUGGCUGCCCGGAGGCAGAAGGAGUGUUCGCUCAAUGGCUCCUUCUCCUGGAAGUCCCUGAAGAAUGAGGGGCCCACCUGCCCCACUCCAGGCUGCGACGGCUCCGGCCACGCCAACGGGAGCUUCCUCACCCACCGGAGCUUGUCUGGCUGUCCCAGAGCGACCUUUGCUGGGAAGAAGGGAAAGCUCUCAGGGGAUGAGGUUCUCGGCACGAAAUUCAAGACGAGUGAUGUGCUGGAGAACGACGAGGAGAUCAAGCAGCUGAACCAGGAGAUUCGCGACCUGAACGAGUCCAACUCCGAGAUGGAGGCUGCCAUGGCGCAGCUGCAGUCCCAGAUCUCGUCCAUGGAGAAGAGCCUGAAGAACAUCGAGGAGGAGAACAAGCUUAUCGAGGAGCAGAACGAAGCCCUGUUUCUGGAGCUGUCAGGCCUGAGCCAGGCCCUCAUCCAAAGUCUUGCCAACAUCCGCCUUCCGCACAUGGAGCCAAUCUGUGAACAGAACUUCGACGCCUACGUGAGCACUCUCACCGACAUGUACUCCAACCAGGAGCGCUACCAGAGCCCCGAGAACAAGGACCUCCUCGAGAGCAUCAAGCAGGCCGUGAGGGGCAUCCAGGUCUAGGCCUCCUCGUGCCAGGAGCCAGCGUGCUGACCCCGGGCGCCCAGGGCCCCUGGCCUUGGCUCCUUCGUUUACCUCCCUUGCCCUGCCCUCCCAGUGGAGAUUCCCAACUCGUACUGACUCCGGUUGGCGGCCCGGGGCGGCCUCGCGCAGGUCCACCCAGAGGGGUGCGUGGGAAGCUGUGUCGCCCUCUGCGUGAGGUGCCGGCCGGCCCGAGGCCUCGACACCUCCACGCACGUGCAGGGGCGUGAAGUAUUGCAAAGUGAUUUAUUUUUGUUUCCGAAAGCUCGAAGUCUCCAGUGGAAGCUCAUGGACAAGGUUCUCAGGGAAGUUUAGGAGUUUGCAACCACAGUAUUCCUUUGUCUGUCGAGGCUGAGAGGCAGCCCUGGGCCCAGGGUGGGUGGUGCGUGUGACGUGUCAGCCUGGAGCGAGCCGGUCGGUGAGGCCGCAGCGGCAAGUGUGUUCUCUGUUGUCCUUUAAUUCAGUUUUAUGUCAAGGGUGGAAAAAAGCAGCGUUCCGGAGGGUAGGUUAGGAACAGGCCUGCAGCCCCCUGUCAGCUCGAGGAAGUCAGCCUGGGCCCCUGCCAGUCUGCGCCCGCUCUACGCCAGGGCGCCUCGUCUGGGAGCUGCUGCCCGAGGCCCCAGACACUGUGCUCGGGGGCACGCUCCCUCUGGGGGCUGCGGCCUUUAGACCCAGGUCUGGGGCCGUGCCAGGGCCCUGGCUCGCUUGCGCCCCCCUGGGCCCGGGAGCUGCCACUGCCGCGUUACCUGGGCCGUGGCUGAGCUUUCCCGAGGUGGGGACAGGGUCGGCGAGGUCAGGGGUUAGAGUCCCAGCUGAAGACCACCAGGGUUCUCUCCGGUUUAGAUCCACUUACGAUUCGGAGGAAGGUCAGUUUCGACUUAACGUGUUAAAAACACGCUGUAAAUAGAGUCCAAACCAAUUGUGACUGCAAUUCCAAGGUAGUAUUUAAAAGUAGAAAAACUGCACUUCCUGGGAGAAACGAGAAAGUAGUUAGUUUAAUUAUUCUGUAAAUUAUUUAAUUUUGUCAAAAUGUAAGUAUUUAUAUUCACAACCUCUUAUGUUAACGUUUGCUAUUUAUUUAACAUUUUUAUUUAUUAAUUUUAUACUAUUUUACCUAGACCCCCCACCAGGACAUAUGAGAGGGAAAUAAAUGAAAUCAAAGCAAAAUUAAAUAUGUGACUGAGA